ACCACUCAUCUACCACCACGCGCAUCUGCGCGUAUAAAAGCAACGUUCGUUACCGCGCGCUUAGUUUCAUUCCGGAUUGUGAAACAACACUUUCAACAUGAAAUUUCACGUCACGGUGCUGGCCACGUUAUUUCUGGCGGCCGUAAUCUCCGCUUAUCCCCAGAAGGACGGGCAAAUCUUCAGUAACGAAGCGAUAAGACAAGCGCAGAACACUUACCUCAUCCCUAAAGACGCGACCAUACAAAAGGUACAAGAAGGAAUCGAGCUUGCCGCUUACGAGUCAAUUCCCGGCGAUCAGAGGAUCAAUCUCUUCGAGAUUCUGGGCGAUCACGUGCCACCUGAGGUGGUGAACAAUCUCCAGAGUCAGAUCGACCAGAUAGGCCGAAAUUGAAUCUCUUCCUCUACGUAACAUCGUCGUCAUUGUCAUCGUUGUGUAAAAACAGUCAUGUAUCAACGUCCUGUCCUCUGCGCGCGCUUGUAAAAAAUAAUAAUUUAUAAAUAAACGAUUCUCCUUUUGUA